CAUUAAUAGGCUGUUGUAACUGUCUACUCUAGGGAAUGUUUGGAUUUUAGCCUUAUCAGUUCUCACCACAGGCGCGCUACACAGUGUAGAUGGGUGUCGAGUCCCGAGCUAAUAAAGCUUAUAUAUGUACCCAGUCUUUCUGAAUAUCAGCAUCACAAGUGUGUAUCAUUGACAAACCGCUCGAUAUCUGUUCUAUCGUCCUUUUAGCUUGGCCAAUUCCACACAUUGGAACCAUAUACUGCCUAAUCCAAGGGGUAUUACUCACACAAAACAAUUUAGCAGACGACAAAACGGAUAUUCUUUUUCGGUGGCAAACUAGUAACUGGAUGUCUAUGCAUGUGAGAAAACUUGAUGUUCAAAUAUUCAUACACGUCAGUAUUUCUUGGAGGAACAUAUUUGUCUGAAGUUUGAGUAAAAACACCUGUCUGUGAAAAAGAAAUCGAUUCGGGGAUAAUCGAGAGAGGCGACCAAGAUUAUAAUCGCGUGACGUUCACACUCGACAGAUCAUAACUAGUAAAACGGGUGUUGCAAUGUUCGCGAGGCCAUGACGAGUUCUCUUAAUAAAUUGGAGGGAUAUAGUUUUAAUAUAUGCUUAAUGUGUGACCCAUUUUGAUCCUUCACAACAUUAAGGUUUGCGAGUCAAGAGCGUCUUGGUCCAUUUCUUUGCUACUUCAUAACAGAAGACAUUGCCUCCACGUGCAGUCAAACAUUGUUAACAAGGAAUUAUACCAUAGUGUAGUAUUAGUUGGAACGAGCAUGCGUCGAGGAUCAAGAAAUAACAGGUCUAAGAACGGAACGGUGUUUACCUUACAAUCAAUUCUUAAGGAUUUAAUAAAACUUCAGUCCAGGAACGUUCGUGCUACUCGAAGACCAAACCGGAAGUUCCAGGCCGCCAUUACAGAGGAGACAGCGGGAACCAUGAAUUCCCAACCACAGAAAAAUGAACCAGACCCUGAUGCUAUUAAAAUGUUCAUUGGACAAAUUCCACGUGGUAUGGAUGAGAAUGACUUAAGGAAAAUGUGUGAGGAAUUUGGUCCAGUUUUUCAACUAAAUGUUUUAAGGGAUAAAGUUACUGGUCAAAGUAAAGGUUGUUGUUUUGUGACGUUUUACAGUAGAAAAGCAGCACUUGAUGCUCAGAAUGCCUUACACAAUAUUAAAACUAUGCCAGGGAUGCAUCAUCCAAUACAGAUGAAGCCAGCAGACAGCGAAAAACGAAAUGGCAUUUCACAUUCUACAGUUGAAGAUCGGAAACUGUUCGUAGGCAUGCUAGCCAAAAAAUUAACAGAAAAUGAUGUACGGAUGAUGUUUGCUCCAUUUGGUUCUAUUGAAGAUUGUACAGUAUUACGAGACCAAAAUGGUCAAAGUCGAGGUUGUGCUUUUAUUACAUAUGCUAACAGACAGAGUGCACAGAAUUCUAUAAAAAAUAUGCAUCAUUCACAAACAAUGGAGGGUUGUUCUUCGCCUUUGGUAGUCAAAUUUGCUGAUACACAAAAAGAGAAAGAAGCAAAAAAAUUACAACAAAUGACCUCCAAUUUAUGGAACAUGUCCUUAGGUGGCUUAGGAGCUUUAGGACCACAAUACCUUGCAUUAUUACAGCAAGCGGCUUCUCAAGGAAACAUGGUUCCAGGAAUGAAUGCACUUGGUGUUCAGCAAUUAAUGGCUGCAUUAGCUGCUGCGUCUGCUACUAAUCCAGGCUUAUUAGCAGCCCUAGCAAGCCUCACCAACAGUAACCCAGGUGUCAAUAACAAUGGCACAUCAAGUUGUUCCAAUAUAAACAACCAUUCCUCAGGUGAGGCACAGAAUAAUGUUCAUUUUCAAAAUCUACAAGGCAUUGCUGCUUUGGCUAGUUUGGCUCAGAAUCCAGCUACUCUUAAUGCUCUAGGUGUCCAAAAUCUGGGUCUAAAUCAGUUUGCAGCAGCCACAAGUCAAAGUUCAGCAAGUGUUUCAGGCUCUCUGUCUGGUACAACUUCCAGUAGUGCACUUGGUGGACUGUCCAGUUUUCAAGGACUUGGUGGCAAUAAUUUAUCGAGUAUAUCCAGUUUUAACCAGGUACCUAGUAUGGCUAAUGGUCUCGGCUCGUCAAAUACCAGUGGCAUGGAUGCCCUCAGCCAGGCCUAUAGUGGCAUACAGCAAUAUGCAGGUUUGUCAGGUUUAAUCAAUCAAGCCUCUUUUCCUAAUGCCUUUAAUAAUCCUUCAGCCCAAAUACAACAAGCGGCAGUGGCAAAUAAUUCACCUUUAGGUAAACAGUCAGAAGGGCCUGAUGGUGCCAACUUGUUUAUUUAUCAUCUUCCCCAAGAAUUCACUGAUCCUGAUUUGACACAGAUGUUCAUGCCAUUUGGAAAUGUUGUGUCUGCAAAAGUUUUCAUUGAUAAACAAACAAACCUCAGCAAAUGUUUUGGUUUUGUAAGUUACGACAGUCCAGUCUCUGCUUCAGCAGCCAUACAAGCAAUGAAUGGAUUUCAGAUAGGCAUGAAACGCUUGAAAGUCCAAUUGAAACGUCCAAAACAUGAUAGUAAACCAUAUUAGAGGAAACAUAAGAUGACACCGUGGUGUGUUACCCAUGUACCGUGGCGUCCAAUGUCUCCUCUUCUACGUUUGCCUGUCACGUGUUGCUAUUGUAAGUGUUCUGCCUACGUAAACAGCUUCCUCGAUUUGGUUACAGUUGAUUUCUAAUCCAAUCAAAACAAAGCAACAUCACAAAUGAUGGCGGUGAUUCCUGUUUGAUUUAUCUGCGUAACAGCAGACGUUUGAUUAAUGCUAAUUAGUAUGAUGGUAUAUAUUUAGGGUACCUCUGUGGAAUAUUAAAGUGGUCAUUAUUAUAAUUCUAUGUUUAUGUAUGUAGGUUAAGGUGUUGGGUUAUAUAUACUAGUAACCUACAUACUAUAUUUUGUACGUUACAGACACAGGUAGUACCAUAUUAUAUGGGUGUGUAUAUAAUAAUAUAUGAAUGUACUUAUUACAAAUAUAGUUGAGUUUAUAAAUUUUAUGAAUAUGAAAGAAUCUAAAAUGUUAAUAAAUGUAAUGUGGAGAGGAAUUCAGUCUUUCGACUUAUAUACAAUCAUUAGUUUCUUGUUUUAUCUACCUGUGUCUGAUGAUCUGAAUAUGUAUUAAGUUAAUGAUCAUAUUAAUACAUUAUUACACAAGCUCAAUAUUUUCAGUAUCUAGUUUGUAAUUCAGUAUUUUAUUUUAUUUCACAGUAUUAUAUAUCGAUCAUGGUUAUAUUUUGUGUAACUUUUUAACUCGUUGGUAUUAAGUCUAUUGGUAUAUCAAAAUGUAUUCAAUCAAAAACCUUGUAUUACUGGGUGUAUUCUGUCUUUCUUGCUUCCAAUUGUAUUAAAACUGUACUGGUGAAUAGCCCACAACUUGUUUCUGAUCAUAGUAAUGCAUAUUCAGAUGAUUAUGUUAAGUUGGGUUUAGAAGUGAGAACUUCACCCUCUUAGUAUUUUAAUGCCAAAGUAUUCAUUGUUUUAAAAGUCUGCUCAUUUUGUAUUUGUGUUUAUUUUGUCUUGAUUUGGUGUUUGAGUUUAUUGUGUCAAUCAUUAUUUUAAUUGUUUAUUAAUUAAUGAGUCUGAGAAUCAACAACUAAUGUCUCAAUGUACAUAAAUUAAUAGUUUGACUAGCUGGAUGUAAAAGGGAUAUAUUCUUGAUUUAUUUAUUAAUUAUUCAUGAUUUUAUAUUGUACAUUAUUAUAAUCAGGGUUUUUGAUUUAUGUUAUUGUACAUGUAAACCAUGCUUAUGUUAUGAAUGUUCCACAGGGGUACCAUCUUCAUUUUUUAUCAGAGUAAAACUAAGAGUAAUGCUGUUAAUUUUUUCUUGGACAGAUCUAUUAUUGUACUGAUAUUUAACAGGAGUUCAGAUAAAACAGUAGUUCAAGGUAUUCAUUUUAGAUAAUAACAAAUUUGAAUAACUUUUAGGAGGACCAAAUUCUAACUGCCUCACUCUUAGUUUUUCGUGUUGUGAAAAAAAAAACAAACAAAUUCUUGUAAGAUAUGUAUUUUAUCUGAGCCAUGCCUUACAUCUACAUUGAUAAUUUAGUCUAGAUAUGUAAAGGUGUUUAAAGUUGUCUUGUAUUAAAAUGACUUUGUCUUUGGAAAAGUCAUACCAAUGUUUGCAGUGUUUUGAAAUGAAAAGUUGUUGUUACUUCUUUAUUUCGUGUUGCGAUAAUGUGUAGAAACAAAUCAAAAUUAUUCGCAUUUUAAUGUUGUAAUGUUUAACCCUUUUUCCUUAAGUGAAAGUUUGUUCUUGAAGAGUGUAAUGACACUGUGUGAAGUUUGUAUUUAAUAAUUUGACAUAUUACUAUGGGUGUGUUGUGUUCAGAAUAUUUCAUUGUGAUUGUAAACAAAAAAGAGUUUUAGCUAUUUGUUGAAAAUACUGGAUCUUUUUGUGAUAUUUUUAUGGCCUCUAUGAUGUGUGAUGGAGUUUAUGUUUUAUAUUUAGCCACCAGUACCUGUAAACUUACCUUAUAUUUGUCAAAACUGAAUUCAAAAUUGAUUUAUUUUUCAUUUGUGUCUUUUGGUUUAUGAUCUGAUCUCAGAUUUGCCGAUUGUGGUGUUAGAAAUAUUUGUGAAUAUAUUAUGGAGUACUCUGUUUUUAAGGCUCACAAUUAUUGUUUUCAGUUGCAUUUCAUUAGGGCCCAUAGUAAUGUCGAAAAAUAAAACAUCCAUCAAUCUCAGGACCUUUCAUGUAAAGUUGUGAAUGUUGUUCAGCAGUUUCCUUUCUAAAGCUUUUAAAGCAAGUUUAUUGUACAGUGCCGCCUUGCCUAUAUAUUAUAUUAUAUUAUUAUUAUUAUUAUAUAAUUAUGUUCUGUAAAGUAAUGUUAACAGUAUUUCUGUUUGUUAUUAUAAUUAGUUUAGCUGUCAGAUUGAUAUUGAAAAGCUCAGGCCCAGUGUCCACUAUAAUCAUGUUCUUACAAGUUUUCACAUUUUAACGGACAUGGCAGUUUUUGACUUAAAAUUGUUCCUUUGUCAAAUCUGUUCUGUUAUUUUGAAGUAAUUACAUUUAUUGUUUAAUGUGUUUUAUUCGUGACUGCCUAACAUACGACUAACUUCACAAAGUAGGAUUAACACAACUGAACAUGUUCUUCAUUCACUUGUAGUUUGUUGGUUUAGCACAGGUUCAUGUUUUUUAAAAUACAAAUCACUCAGAUCAGAUGUUGUAACAUAUCGUUUUAAUCUGCAUUUAUUUCUCUUUAAUCAGCAUUAAUCUAGAUCGACAAAUAGAGCCACAUAUCACACACAUUUUAACACUUGAUAUUCUUAUUAGAAAUAAUGUAUGUGAUUUUGUCCUUCAAAUGAAUGUAUGGUAUUGUAUUGCAUAUAUAACGACUAACUUUACAGGAAUAUAGGUUAGAAUGGAGUAGACUACAAACAGAUAAAAGUAGAUGUAUGAUUACAUUGUUAAUAAUUGUGUUCAGAAUUCUUCAGACUAAAAUAUUAUUAAAUCAAAAAUUGCAAAUUUAGCGAUAGUGUGUAAUUUAAUGCAAUAUCUAUCACUUUAUUAUCAUAUAUUUUUAGCACAAUAAGACAUGUUUAUUAUAAUUAUGAAUUUAAAAUGUGUCUCAGAUUUCUUUAUUUUAUUUUUUUUUAGUUUAUUUAAACAAUGUGUGUAGAAUCAAAUAAUCAGAAAAAAGGUUUUUUCCUGAUAUUUUGGCCAAGUAUUUUAGUCAUGAAGUACAUUUCAUCAUGAUUUAAAUUAAAAUUCCCAAAUAUGAUGAUGAAUAUUUGUUGAGUAAUUCUGACAAAUCGGUUAUGCUCUGUUGAAUUUUUUUUUUUUUUUUUACCCUGUUGAAAAUUUAUUUUCCAGGUAUAUUAAUUUUUUUUUUUAAGAUUAGGAAAUUAAUUAAAAAAUCAAUAUAGAGUAAGGAAAAUCAAUAAAAUAUGAAAUCAAAGAAAAGAAUGUGUUCAAAGGCAAAUUAAAGUAUAUUAACAUCAUAGAAAGGGUUUAAUGGCAUUUUAAUACUAUCAAAAGAAAUAUUUGUUGACCAAGUCUAUAGUUUUUUCUUCUAUAUGUUAUUCAAGAUACAUUAUGUACCUGUUUUGAGUUGUGAUUUUAUAAAAGGUUGUUAAAGAUUCCAUUAAUUCCGUCCAUGUUAAUUACUGGAGAUAUAAGUCCUUAAUGUUUGUCAUCUCAUUUUAUGGGGUCCUAAUUAAAUGUUUGUCAUCAUUACUUGAGGUCCUCUUAUUUUAUUCUAAUGCCAUUAAAUCCUCUCUUGAUUAAAAGCUGAUUGGAAGAGAUUUUUCGUUUUAGGAAAUUCUCCGGUCUUGCCUAAUUUUAUGAAAUUAUUAUAUAAAAGAUAUGUUUUUACAUAUAUUUUAUAAAUUUAUCUAGUCAAUACAGAUAAGAAUAAAAUCGGCCAUGUCCAUAGAGUUCAAACAUUAGUUGGUCAUUUUAUCAAGAUAUUUGUUUUAGUACACCAGUCAGUCUGUAACAUUCUAACAGAAAUGGGCUCUUUAAAAAGAGUCACAGUUUCAAUGUUUUACAACUUCUAAUUUUGAUGUGGAUUCCAACCAUCUACUUUCAGUGGAUUUAUCUUGUGUUAGUUCGCAUUGUGUCGUGGUUUGGCAAGGUACAACUAAAUAAAUUGUAUUAAAAUUUAUUGAGAAUC